AUGAACAAUGACACCCUCAAUGCCCUGCUGACCAUCAGUAUAGAUGGCCCCAGUGUCAAUGACUUGGACUUUGAGAGUGCAGUAUUGAAAAUCCUGAAUCAUGCUGGCAUAGGGGUGUCGUCCAGGAAUGUCUGGCGGGUGAUAAAGGACAAUGCCGACAUCACCAGAAGUGCUGCAAUCCCCAGAGAAGCAGUAUGGUCAUAUGACAAUGUGAACAUACUGGUGAAAGUGCAGCAAAUAAGAAAAGGUGGAAGGCGUUGCGAUCUGUCUGCUGCAGAUCUGCUGCCAAGCAAGGAGGAUAUCACCAGACUAAGACAGCGACUUGGUGACCACAUCACAAAACUCCUGUCAGAAGAGUUCAAGUCAUUUUCUUCUCACAGGAAACCACCACCUGUGCAAAAGGCCGUGACGCCAUCAACAUACAUGCCAUUGGAACUAAUGGGUGAAAACGAGGCAGUGACAAGUGCCAACAUUGUCAUCCUCAGACGGUUUGCCAAGGAGGCAAACAUGACACCAGAAAACUGUUGGGAUCAAGAAGUAAUUGGUGAUCAAGCAACGUGUAAAAACGUCCGUGCUGCAAAGCGUCACCGACAAGACGAUGUGGAUAACCUGGAGCGCCUCAGUUGGGCCAAGGAAUGUCCAGGUGACUUUCAUUUCCUUUGGGAGACUGGAAAGUGUAUUCACAUCGCCCACUGGAACUCUCCGAAGAAUGUAGGAUCCCUUGCGCACCUGCGGGAUGUAGUGGAUCGAAGAAAUGUUGAUUCUGGAGGCAAGAAAUUCAAUGCUAUGGACGAAUUUCUGCACCAUGCUUGCAAGGCACAUCUCAUAGCAGCGCUACUCCAUCACUUGGGAAUGACGUGUCCUGGAGAAGACGUGCCAGAAAGAAGUGCAGAAGAGCUGAACGACACCAUACACUCCUUUCUGGACAAGUACGUCUUCAAAAGAACAGUGAGAGACAGCGUGGAUGACAGCAUCUUCCAGCAUGCAGUUGCCUUGCUGCGACACCUCAUGCUGUAUGUAGAUCUUCGACAAUGCAUUAGACAUGAGGAUGGACCAGGGAUCAUCAGCCACUGGAAGUUCUGGCUACCAACCUUUCUAGGGACUGGCAGGAGCCAGUAUAGCAGUGAAGCAGCAAAUCAUCUUGCCAACCUGCUGGCGGACUGGUCGCCGCGGACAACUGAAGUUCUUACCAACAACAGAGGGGUCAACACCCAUUCCAGAGAAGGCCACGGGAAACCAGUGGAUAUGCUUGUUGAACACUACAAUAAGAUCCUCAAGAAAGUCCUGAAAGCAUCAGGCGGCCAGCUGACCCUACGUCAUGCACAGGAGGUUUCCCUAGCAGUGCCUCUUCUGGACGAAGCACGAAGGUUUUGUGACAGGGUCUUCCAGGCGAAGCAGACUGUUCAGCAUACAACACCCUCCUCCCAUGCUGAUGUAGAGGCAAUGUGGAAGUCCAUCCUAGAAGGCAGUGCUUACUCUCCAACUCCAGGUAGAAGGCUGUGCUCGGGCAAGGAGUUUGUGGAUGUAGUGAAAAAGGGAGACAAACGCAUAACAGUCGACAGAUGGUUGGACAACUUCCUCCGUAAGGGAAAAGUGGAUGAUGAAACUGAACACAACACCGGGGACGAGGAUCUUGAAGUAGACCUAGCCGCACUGAUUGAUGAAUGA